GUGGUGAUAAAAGUAAAAUCCUUUAUUAAGGAUGACAAAAACCAAAUAAAAAUCCAAAAGGGCAGGAAGCCAAAACCUAAUAACAAAACGCUGCAAGGACAAAACCAAAAACUCUCUUUAUGAGCAGAGGACCAGAGACCAAGAGGGGGACAAAACAAUGCUGACAACGGACCAACAAACACUAAGGGACAAUACAGGGUUUUUAACACAGAGGGGAGCAAUCAGGAGAACGGGUGACAGGUGUGAGGACUAGAAGUAAGACAGGUGCCAUUAAUAAACUAAAUGGGGAAAGAACUUCAGCAGAGGGGGAGAUAAACCAUAACCUAUAAAACACUAAAUAAGUAAACCUAAAGACUAAGGGCAAAUAUAAACAACUAAUGACUAGAGGGGUGAGGAGGACUAAUACAAACCAAUAAGAACUACACUGGAGUGACUAGGAGGAAACAUGAGGGAAGCCUAGAGGGAGCUGGAGAACACAAGGGGACACAUGAGAGGAACGCAGAGGACGAACAGGAGGGGGCUGGAGACCAAGGGGAUACAUAACAUGACACCCUCAAGGUCUUGCUGGAUGGCUUCUCAUUGCAGUCGGUCUCCGUUUCCUGGGGAGUCCCUCAAGGUUCCAUCCUCGGCCCGUUACUGUUCUCCCUUUACAUUCUGCCUUUAGGAUCCAUUCUCAGACAGUAUGCAGUUUCAUACCAUUUAUAAGCAGAUGACUGUCAAAUCUAUUCUUCACUGAAGCCCACCGACUCACUAAACCUCUGAUUGUUCAUGAUGUCAAGGAGUGGCUGGCUGAAAACUUCCUCGAUCUGAAUGACUCUAAAACAGCGGUAACUGUUUUUGGUCUCGACAGGGUGACCCAGUCACCCAACCUCCACUCUCUUUCCCCUCAUGUAACCUCUACUGUUUCCAACCUUGGAGUAACAAUGGACCCGAUGCUCAGGUGAGUAGCAAAAUCAGGUGCUGCUUCUACCUGAGGCAAAUUUACUGAGUGCCCCUUUUCUAGAACCGGUGAUUCAUGCCUUCAUUACAUCCCAGUUAGACCACUCCAACUCUUGUUUAUACAACGUUAGUAAAUCUGCUCUGUCCAGACUUCAGCAGCAAUGUUUCUGAUUGGAGCUGACAGAAGACAGCACAUUACACCCGUUCUUAAAUCUCCAUUGGUUCUCCAUUCAUUUCAGGAUCAAUUUCAAAAUUGUGUUUCUUGCAUUCAAAUUGUUGAACAGUCAGACUCCUCCAUAUCUGAGCAAACUCCUGCAUUUUCACCACCAUCUUCAUGCUCUUAGGUCACCAGAUCAUCUCCUCCUCACCGUCCCUAAGGCACGUUUUAAGUCCCAAGGACCUGGAACUCACUACCUCUCCAGGUUAGGCAAGCACCCUCUAUCACCGUUUUUAAAUCACAUCUGAAAACACACGACUAAAGCCCGGCUUUUAGCACACAAACCUGCCUUCAGCAUUAAGUCAUACUUUGUCGUCCUCCUUUCCGCCUUGGAUGUUCAAGUUAUAAAAUGUGGUUUAGUAUCAUGUUGUUCCACCUUGUUUGGUUUUUACUGUUUGUUUUUUUCAAUUGUUUAUGAUCUAUGAGAAUUUUUCUGCCUUUGUUGUUUUAUUAAAGUGCAGCGCUUUGGUCGGAUGUAAUGCUGUGUUAAAAGCGUUCUAUAUGGUAGUGAUACGGUAUGGUACACUUUCUACUUUCACUCAACAUUUUAUGAUUAUGACUGGAUACAGCUCUUUGUAAACAAGCAGCUUCCUUAUCUAUAACGCCUUUUUGGGGUCUUCUCACUCUGUUCUCGGUUUGCUGUCCGGGGCUGUAGGCUAGGAGCGGAAGCUGGCCGUCUGGUUGGGGUCUGGGGUGGUGGGGUUGCUUUGCCUUGCUCCGCUCUGCAUUGCCAGCUCAUCAUUACUCCUGUAAGAACAGGUGGCCUAGGAGACAUCUUAACCAAAUGCACGAGCCACCUCAACUGGCUCAUCUUGAAGUGGAGGAGCAGCGGGCCCACUGCGAGCCCCUCCCGGAUGACCGAGCUUCUCGCCCUGUCUCUAAGGGAGAGCCCUCACACCUUACAGAGAAAACUCAAUUUGGCCGCUUUGCAUCCGUGAUCUCAUUCUUUCUGUCACCACCCAACACUCGUGACCAUAGGUAAGUAGAUCGACCGGUAAACUGAGAGCUUCGUCCUCUGGCUCAGCUCUCUCCUCACCACGACAGACCGGUACAACUCCUGCAUCACUGCAGACGCAGCAUCAGUCUGAACUUACUCAAAUAAUAGCAUAUGUUAAAUGUCAUAACAGCAUUAAGUUAGACAGACUGAAGUCUAAUUUUCUGUGUAAUUGUAUUUGCCUAAAUUAUUAUAUUAAAAGUGAAGGUUUGUUGUUUACUACUGGGUUUAGAAGAACUUGUUAAAUUUAACAACUCAUUUCUUAGCUCCAUAGAACUGGACCAGUCUGGGUUCUCGUGUGUGUGUGUGUGUGUGUGUGUGUGUGUGUGUGUGUGUGUGUGUGUGUGUGUGUGUGUGUGUGUGCGCGUGCGUGUGUGUGUGUGUGUGUGUGUGUGUGAGGGGUGGGGGUCGAGGAAGGAGGGAUGAUGUCAUGGUUUGUGUUCUCUGCUGUGAAACCAGUGAACGACUCCAGUCUCUGCUCUUGUCUCCACCUCCACCGUCCUCAGCAUCAGGACCGCUGAGAGCGAUGACUGACAGGUGACCGGACAAACGAACCGGUCCGCUCGGUUGGCAGAUCCUGGCAUCAGUCCCACUAUUACGGUGAAAUGGACCGUAAAGGUAGAGCGAGAAAGAGGCUCCGUUCGGCCCAAUGUUCGGUUUUCAUCGUGUAUAAUGAGCAGACGGCGGUGUGGAGGAUCUAAUCCGGUUCAGUAAGGCAGAGAACCGCAGCGGUUUCGACGGCCAGAGGCAGGGUUCUAACGGAGAACCGACGCGAAGGAACGGAGCAGAUACAGAAGCUGCGUUCGGGUCAUGGCUGCUAAAUCGGACGGGGUUCUGAAGAUGAAGAGGAGCGACGUGGCCUUCACUCCCUUGCAGAACUCCGAGCACUCCGGUUCGGUGCCGGGGCUCCACCCGGGCGAACAGCCUGACUCGGUGUGUACCGGAGAUGGGGACUUCGUCAACGGGGAAUCCCGCUGCUGCGGGGGGUCCGGAUCCGCUUCGACUUGCCUCCGUGUGGGCCAGCAGCACCGGUUCUCCGUGUGGGAUUUUCUGUGGGUCGUUGCCGCAGUGGCCGUGUAUCUCGUUGAUGUCGGUACCGAUGUGUGGCUGUCGGCCCACUACUACAUCAACAAGAAAUACGGGUGGUUCGGUCUGACGCUGUUCUUCGUGGUUCUGGGGUCGUUCUCGGUGCAGCUCUUCAGUUUCAGGUGGUUCGUUCAUGACUUCAGCACCGAGGACAGCUCCGACUCCAAGGUGGACUGCUCCCAGCAGGAUGGAAACAAGCUGCUGAGCGGUUCGACCUCUCACGGAGACGUCACUGCCCAUCAGAACCCCACCACUACACAGAGGCAGGCGUCCACCACCAGCCGGACCACCGGGAGCACCGGGCUGGGCGGCCGCACCAGGAGACCGUCUCCGUACUACAACUUCUGCGUUUGGUUCGGGCAGUCCAUCAUCCACAUCGUUCAACUGGGUCAGGUCUGGAGAUACUUGCGUAUCAUCUACCUGGGAAUCCGGAGUCGCAGGAGUCCCGAGGCAGAACAGUGGCGUUACCACUGGAUGAUGGUGUAUGAGUUUGCAGAUGUCAGCAUGUUGCACUUACUGGCCACCUUCCUGGAGAGCACUCCUCAGCUGGUGCUGCAAUUGUGCAUCAUCAUACAAACACCUGGCAUCCAGAAUGUUCAAGGUAUGACGGCAGCAGGCUCCCUUUUCUCUCUAGCCUGGGCUCUGGCCUCCUACCAGAAGGCAUUACGAGAGUCCCGGGAUGACAAAAAGCCUAUCACUUACCUUGGAGUCAUCAUCCAGUUUUGUUGGCACUUCUUCACCAUUGGAGCCAGAGUGGUGACCUUUGCCCUCUUUGCCUCCGUGUUCCAACUCUACUUUGGUAUCUUCAUUGUCCUGCAUUGGUGCAUCAUGACCUUCUGGAUUGUCCACUGUGAAACAGACUUCUGCAUCAGCAAAUGGGAGGAGAUCGUGUUUGACAUGGUGGUGGGCAUAAUCUACAUCUUCUCUUGGUUUAAUGUGAAGGAAGGAAGGACAAGGUGUCGCCUCACCACCUAUUACCUGGUGAUUCUGGUGGAGAACACUGCUCUCAGUACGCUGUGGUACCUGUACCGGAGCCCUGAGACCACCGAUGCCUUUGCCGUCCCAGCGCUCUGUGUCAUCUUCAGCAGCUUUUUAACUGGUCUGGUUUUCAUGCUCAUGUACUAUGCUUUUUUCCAUCCCAAUGGGCCUCACUUUGGACGCUCAACAAGUGGUCAGGAGCUUGAUUUGGACCCCUCGGCUCAGUUCUCCACUCUUCCUCCUGAGGGUGCAACUAACUCGCUGCGGUCCAUCAGGGGUGGCACCACCUCCCUGGAGCGUGAUGCAGGAAAGUAUUCGGAGCGGGAUGGCUGCAUGCCUGUGUUCCAGGUGCGACAAACGGUGCCAUCCACCUUAGUGCUGCGUGCUCCACGACUAGAGGAGACAGUCGUCAGAAUCGACCUCUGUAGAAACCGCUACCCGGCCUGGGAGCGCCACGUUCUGGACCGCAGUAUACGCAAAGCAAUCCUGGCCAUUGACUGCUCUGUGAGUCCUCCUCGUCUGCAGUACAAAGAUGAUGGUCUGGUGCAGGAGAGGUUGGAGUACGAGACCACGUUAUAGCUCCCCCCCAGCGAUUAGGAACCAGCAGCAGGGGCCAUUCAGUGCUGAGUAGAAUUAGUUACCACCAUUAAUGUUUUUAUCUUGUGUUUUUGUUUCGACUGGAAUCAGUUUCUACUCAGGAGUGUUUGAGUGUUUUCACAAGGAUGCACAGUUCAGCCGAGGUCACUGGAGGUGACUGAGUGAUUGCUACUUCCACUCAUCAGGGAAAUCUUUCUGCUGCGGUCUGAAAACGUGUGAGGAAAGUGCUUUGGUUCUCUGCCAGUGUUGUGCUUGAACAAUGUGAUGUUCAUAGGAGUUCUACAUCCAGCCACAGCGGCUGGUGUUUCCACCAUCAGCCUGUCUCUUUGUGCCAAAAGCUUUCUGAAAAAAUAAAUAAAUAACACAUCUUCAACAGCUUCCAGCUAAUAAGCUGGCCCAGGAAGCACUUUGUGAACCCUGACCUUUUGGUGGAUCUGCUCUGAAAGAAGGUCAGAAUGGAACCGAAGCACAGCAGUCGACGUAGCAACUUUCCUUCUGAGCCAAACAUGCCUGAGAGCUGAAGGAGAAGGCCGAACGCCGAACAGUCCGAAGCCUCUGGUCAGGAUCCCGAAACUCUGAGAAAAGCAUCACCUCGGCAGCUGAUCCGUUCACCUGCAUAACCGGGAUUGAGGAUUAAAAGGAUUGCUCACGAGUUCAUGUGGCAGAGCUUGUCAUCCUACAAGGUAGCUGCUGCUUUAGCCAGUCCUAACGCACAAUCUCCAUCUCUGUUUCCCGUCAACAUGAUGUUCUGUAGAGACCGCUGUCAGCCGGCGCUUCGUGUGUGUGUGUGUGCGCGCACGUGUGUGUGUGUGUGUGUGAUAUCACAGCAACAUUAGCCUACAGUCGUACAAACCGUGUCUGGGUUCCUGCAGGAGUUGCUUCAAACACAGUCCCAGUAAAGUCCAGAGGUUCUGGAAAUGACCCGAGUGAUUGGAGGCACGCUGCUAAAAUCGCCGUCUACAGUUCUCCACGGCGUCUGACCUCGCUACUGAGGAUUCUGGGAAAAUCUGGACGAGCUGCGUUCACUGAAGCUGACUGAUUUAAGGCAGACACUAAAUCGGGGUGCUACAUGAAUUUUCAAGAUACUUUAGAUUCUAGCCGUUGGAGAAAAAGGAAGUCCCCGAUCUUGAGUGGUUUCAAAACUCUGCAAUAUUUGUACAUGUGUACAUGCUAUAUAGAGACUUUAAAUCUAGGUAAUCCUUCUGCACUUACAUGCUGGGAUUGAAGACAAGAUAAUCUGAUGUCAGAUCUUCCUAUCCUAACUGUUAACCUGUGACUCAACCACCGUAAUCCUCAUGCCAGCAUAGUCCUCAACCUGUCCUAACCUUAAUCCUAAAUCCCUGCCCCAGCUAAUCCUAAACCUGAGCUCUCGCCUUGCCCUAAUCCCAACCUACAACCGUCCAGCCAUGUGGCGCCAGCACUGCACCACCGAGCAUUGUCACGGCUUUUCCUCAUCCUGUUAUUAAAGGUGUGGAACUGUGAAAGAACACUUUUAGACGAGUAUUUCUGAUCAUAAUCUGCAGGCUGAACGUGAAAAUAGUCUCCUACACCUGUCUCCUGCGUUAGCCUCUGGUAGAAAAUAGAUACGAUUAGAAGAGCCUGACAGAUCUGCUUCACACUGUCACUUAACAAUCAUGGACUCUCCCAUGUUGACUCAUGAAGGAAGGAUGUUGUUUUAGCGUCUAGGAAACAUCAGAGAACAUCUCGACUAGCAGAAGCUUACCAUUAGCAUCACCAACUCCACCACACCGCAGAACUCCUUCAGGCUUGUCAUGUUUGUGGAGAUGAAACAUCAACGUUGCAGAGCAAAUAGAGUCAGUGGUAGAGUCGUGUUUCUGUUAGCCAAUCAGAGCCAAGGUGUCCAAAUAUCGGGUAGUAAGACUCCAAAUCCUGUCGUCAGAAGCUACUUUCUCCUCUAGCUGAGUCGUACUUCCUGAUUCAGGCGCAUCCUUGCUAGUUCUUGUUUAACUGUGAUAGAUACACAAAAUUUUAUAUUUUUAAAUUGAGUCGCAUCUCUCACCUGCUGAUGUGACACAGAGAGAAGGUAAAGCUGUUUACUCAGAAGACGUGUGCUGCUGGCUGUGCUCAGGUGGCCUGUUGCUUCUUCAACAAGAGAAGUUAGAGGUGUGGCUCGAGAGGGUGUAAAGAAUGUGCGUCGUGGUGGCCCUGCUGCACACGGAUUGUUGUUGGGAGCUUCCGGUUGGUCCUGUUCUUCGCUCUUUAUCCAUCAUUUGUGAUUCGACGUUAUUUUACAGCUUCCGUUGAGUCGGUCUCAGAGUCAGGAGCUUAACCGGAGAAUAAGAGAAGCAGAACGGCACAAAGUUCUCUCCCCCCAGCUAGCAUUCCCAUGGAAACACAGCCCCUCCAGCAUGUCCUCUCUCCGCCUCUGGGUAAACAGACAUGGUGUUGGUGGGUGGGGACUCCACAGGUGAGAGGGAGUCCAUGCAAACUCCUCGUUUGUGAUGAAGCAAAGGGGACUUUUUGAAAAAGCGUGUUCCCAAACCAAACGCUGACCGGAAACAGACUAUUUGUUUCAUGUUCGGAGUGUUUUUAGAGGCAGCGGAGACCCACAGGUCAGCGCAAAAAGCACAAAAACUCUGGAUCGCAUAGUAGAUCCCCGUUAAUUAGAUCUGCAGUGUCUGCUUCAGCUUAUUUUUAUCUAAAUGUCUUUGAAAUUACUGGUUAGCAACUUCAAGAGGAAUUUUGGAUUUUAGUUGGGGGAUUAUUAUUUUUUCACAUUUUGAUGACAGGUGGCAAGAUAUCCAUCCGUCUGUUUUCAGCCGUUUAUCCGGAGUCGGGUCGCGGGGGCAGCAGCCUAAGCAGAGAGACCCAGGCUGUCCUCUCUCCAGCCACUUGGUCCAGCUCUUCCAGGGCAAUCCCAAGGUGUUCCCUGACCAGCCAAGAGACAUUGUCCCUCAAAUGUGUCCUGGGUCUCCCUUUAGGCCUCCUCCCGGUUGGACGUGCCUGGAAAACUUCACCAGGGAGGUGUCCAAGAGAAAUUCUAACUGGAUGCCCGAGCCACCUAAACUGGCUCCUCUCAAUGUGGAGGAGCAGCGGGUCUACUCCGAGCCCCUCCCAGAUGAUCUACAAUGCCCGCAUCACUGCAGACGCAGCACCAGUCCGCCGACCGAUAUCACGUUCCAUCUGUCCUUCACGCGUGAACAAGACCCGAAGACACUUGAACUCCUCCGCUUGAGGCAGGAACUCGUUCCUGACCUGGAGAAGACAUUCUACGCCUUUCCCACUUGGUGGCAACAUAUUUUGAUUGGAAAUAAUAAGCAAGAGUCUUGAAAGGAAGGCAGGAGAAAUGAAAUUCAUGAGCAUCUUUUUAAAUAAAAAAAGUAUAGAACAAUAAAUCGUAGCUGUUCCCACUCGUGUUGAGAUGAAACAUCUGAAACAAGCCUUUCUGUUUUCUAAGGAUUGUCUGAUUUUAGACAUUUGACAGCACUGUUCUUAAGCCCAAACCCUAAACACAGCAUGAACCUCAAUCAGAUAGAUGACAGUAACCCCCCCCCCCCCCCCCCCCCCCCCCACCAACGGCUGAUUUUGAACUCUCUUCUGAAGCUUCUUAUGAGAUCCGUCCGGUUAACAGAAAAGAAAUGUUCUUGCCAUCGUCUGAAAGCAAAGGAGAAACGUUUAGAUGGACCUAAACCAGAACCCACAGGUGUGUCGGCUGGGUUUUGAACAUCCACGCUGAGGUUCUGUCCACAUAGUCCCACCGGUUCUACCAAACAUUCAAAGUCCGCCCAUGAGCAAGGCAGACUUGUGGUGCCCCCUGAGCAGCAACCCAGCUGGUUGCAGUCGGAGCUCACGGCUUAAAGAGAAACCUGGUGACUAGUAGUCCAGUGAGAAUGAGCUCAGGUUUGUUCUUCAGGGUCACGUUGCUUUGGGGCGCUCAGAGGGUCUGACCGCUACAGCGGCCAUUCUCAUAGAAGCAGAAGCCUUCUUCAGACUGUUCAGUUACAAUGUGUGUUAACAGAACGUUCUCGGAGGUCGUCUGACCUCGUCUCUCUGUAAAAGUGGAUACAUUGCUCCAAACAUGCAUGUUCUUCAUUCAACGCGGAUGACUGAGCAACAUCUUUAACUCGUGGAGGUUCCAGUUCUGUUUUUCAGACCCAUAGAUCCUCUAGCACACCCCUAAGUCACACAUAACUAGCAUAACUUUGACUUUGGUGGAGCUGAUGGCAAAAAUGCAUCUUACAUCCACUCUUUUCUCAAAACGGUUCAGUUAAGCUCAGUUAUAGAAACCCUUCCAUCACCGUCAGCUUCGCGUCACAACUGAACUCCAGAGUUCUAACGGCGCACCGAGCAGCUCAAAGGUCUCUGGUGGCCCAGCAUCACUGAAUCUGAAUAAUAUCCUCGUUUGGCUGGUAUGCACAACUUGUGUCUGUCAUACUCGGUGAUUUUGUUUUACCACGACAACAAGCCUGAGAAAAACGUCAUGCGACAUUAAAACUGAUUGAACAACCUGCUUUGUUGAAUUUGUUUCAAUUUACAGACCUUUCGCACCAGAGGAGACACCCUCAGACCCUCGAGUAACGUGCAGUGUGUUGUCUUCUCCUGCGAUUGCUUGGGUUGUUGUUGUUGAUCUUCUGAGGGCUGCUGCAGCCUGGAGCUAAACACAAACACGCACCUGCAGCUGUCAAAUCAAGACAGGUAUCGAAGUUGUUCUGGUUCCAGUUGGGUCAGGAAGCUUUUAGAUCCAGCACAGAACCAGCUGACGGCUCAGAAAAGAAGUCCAGUGGUACCUCACCUGCAUACGUUUGUUUGACUUGGCUGAACGGGAGUCUUGGUAACCGAUCAGCUGAAACGGUUCUGUGUAAAUACAUGUAUGCAAAGUAUAAAUGUUAAAAAAGAACAUUCCUCUCUCUCUGAGUUUUUAUUGUGAAGGCUGUCUUUAGAGACUCAGUGCCACUGUGUUGGCUUUAACCAUGUUGUUAUGCUGCAGACUAAAACGUGAUGUGAGUGGUGCAUAAAAUACAAAGACAAAAAACAUUCGUCUUUCAGUGAGUCGCAUUGUGUGAUGAAAGUCUGAAGUGCUAAAAAUGCAUUUUAUGCAGAACUGUUUAAUGAAAAAAGAAGAGUGCUGAAAACACACUUUUGUAUAUAUGUGAUUUUUGUAAACUCUUAUUUGAAUCUAAUGAAAUAUAAACUCCCAAAUUUAAUUUAAUAAAUUACACUGUGGUCCUUUU